AUGAGAAUAUGGAUCCCAAGUAGGAGUUUAAUAUUUGCUGGCCUUCGCGGUCACAGACCAAGGCGUUAUAGCGCUGUUACCAACGAUGUAGAACGAGUGAAUGUCCGUGUCGGCUCAUCAGGCGAUACUACCAUUGAUCUACAUAAUAUUGCGAAGUUAUCAUCACAAAACUCCUUAUUGGUGUAUCUACCACCGUUUUCAACAGCCUUCACAGAUACACCGGCCCAGUUGCCAAAAUUCAUCCAGGGGCAACCGACAGCUGUGAUAAACUACCGUUGGGAUGGUUUCUCUCCCUUCCGAACUAGAAAGAGUGCCGCUUCAGCAUCUACGGAUAAAUCGGACGAGGAAUUCUCUCCUAUCCUGUCCUGGCCAGCGCCUAUUCAUGAUGUUUCAAUGGCUUACAGCUGGAUUGCCCAAAACCUAGGUCCAUCUGGUUAUGCGCGCCGAGACGUAUACCUCUACGGCUCAUAUCUUGGGGCAUCCCUGGCAAUGUCUCUUGCUCUUACGGAAACUUAUCCCUACGAGCAGAUGGCUGUUCGAGGAUGCAUAGCCUUCAAUGGAAUAUAUAACUGGACUACGUUUCUCCCCGACCAUCCCAUUAACAAUCCACCAAAACCAGGUUCGACCUUGGAGACAAAAAUCCCAUCUCGCUCGAACGACCCGCACUUCCAGGAGCUGAAGCAGCACGUCGAGGCAUUAUUCGUGAGCCCAAGUGGCCUCUUCGACCCGUUUGCGAGCGCUAGUCUAUUCUUCUAUACUCCUGGUCUUCUCGUGCCACCAGAUUUCACCACAUCUGCUCUCUCUCCCGAAGCAUCGUUCUUAGCGAAUGUAUCUUUACCGAAUCCGGAGACGGGUGAACCAGCGCUGGUCCUCAAGCAUCCUCGCAAGGGCCGGCUCUUCUUCCCGCCGACAACAUCCACAUUAGGAAUCCCCCAGACACUGCUGCUCCACACCGAGCCGCCCCCGUUGCCGCCUCCGCAUUUAAGGAGGAACCAAAGGCAGAGGAGCAAGGAGGAUAGUUUUCAGAUCCAGGCCCGAGAAUUGGGAUGGUACAUACAUAGCAGAAUAUUUAGCAUGAGGCGGGACGAAGAUUUUGAGCGAGAUUAUGACUAUGACAGUUGGGAGUACAGUGAUUUUGAAACUAUUCGGGUUCGUAAUGUAGGGUCUAGUUCUGGAGACUAUAGACUCAACAGCAAAGGGGAGGAACUGGCUGCGACCUGGCUGGAGGAUCAUAUUAGUUAG